AGAAGGCCUGGGAGCUGCGUGGGUUGCUGCCUAGGUGCUUCCGGUUCGGGGGUCUGAGCUGGCGCCGAGGGCUCAGGGCUGGCGACUUUGGCACUCUUGGCGUUUUGUCGGCGGCAUCUUGGGGGCCACAUGAGCCAAUGGCAUCAUGCCCGCGGGCCCUGGGACCAGGCACGCAAGUUUUCUGGAAAUUCCUCUGCCAAGAAGAAGGGCGGAAACCACAUCCCCGAAAGGUGGAAAGACUAUCUCCCAGUUGGACAGCGGAUGCCUGGGACUCGUUUCAUUGCUUUCAAAGUUCCUUUGAAAAAGAGUUUUGAAGAGAACCUUGCUCCAGAAGAACGUUUUUCUCCCUUGGAUCUUUUUAACAAAAUCCAAGAACAGAAUGAAGAACUUGGACUGAUUAUUGAUUUAACAUAUACUUGCCGCUAUUAUAAACCAGAGGACUUACCAGAAACUGUUCCUUAUUUAAAAAUUUAUACAGUUGGGCAUCAGAUACCUGAUGAUGGCACUAUUUUUAAAUUCAAAUGUGCUGUUAAUGGGUUUUUGAAAGAGAACAAAGAUAAUGACAGACUUAUUGGUGUCCACUGUACCCAUGGUUUGAACAGGACUGGCUACCUCAUCUGCAGAUACUUGAUUGAUGUAGAAGGCAUGAGGCCAGAUGAUGCAAUUGAAUUAUUCAAUAGGUGCCGAGGACAUUGCUUAGAAAGACAAAACUACAUUGAAGACCUUCGAAAUGGUCCCAUGAGAAAGAAUCAAGAUUCCAGUAUAUCCAGAUCAAGUGGUUUUGAAGACUCAGCACAUAUGAUGGGACCAGUCCACACCACUUACAGGUCUGUUAACCAAGGACCUAGGUAUAACCUCCACUGGACCCAAGGUUACCCACCACCUUCUCGGCAUUUCUACACCAAGACCCAGGAUUUUCAGCAGUCAGUAAGAAGAUUUUCACAGAAUCAGAACAUUUACCAGAGAGGCCAUAUUCCUCCUCCUGGUCCCCCUGGAGAGAAGUAUUUUCAAAGGCGGUACUCUUGGAACGUAAAGCCAAAUGCCAGUCCAGCAGCCCAGAACAGAAGGUUACGGUAUCCUGGCAGUUACUGCAGACUACCCUACCCGGCCUACUGUGGAUGGACGGAGUGACACAGACCUACCCUGGAGAUCUGUCUGGAGACACAGGACUGAAGACAGCUGGAGGGACUUUUUAUAAGAUCAGGUCAAACGAGGUUUAUAAUCUAUUUUAUUGCUCCCUUAGGCAUUCAUGCUUAAGGGAAAAUUGUGAUACGCACCUCUUUGCUGGUAACUUUGCAGUAUUUACAACAGUGAAGAAAAUAAUCUGUCGUUCCAAUUUUAAAUUUUUUUAAAGGAAGAUGACAUUUUAGAAUUAAUAAAAGUAAUAAAGAACUUCCCUCAUAAAUUAUUUUUUAAAA